UGUGUUGUAAUCUUUACAGGACGCAAACCUGUAACCUCGUCAUGUCCAGUGUGUGGACUAACACUCAGAACUGGUGAGAUGGAAGCUCACUUCACCCAGGAACUGGACAAGAUGGUACGUCUUCCACAGUCUCGCCCACUCGCCCAGCGCACACCCACUGCACCAGCCUGCACCAGCCCCACGCCCUCCACCUCCACUGAGGGUUACAGCAACACGCCCACAGCCAAGCCUAGGCCUGCCAACUCGGCUCCUCGCCACGGCGAGGGAUGGAAGACGUACCAGCGUGUGAGAAACAAUCGUCAGUUGAGGGUAAGAGUGAAGCGACCCCGGACGCUGGUUGACCUGGACGGGGAAGAAGGGAUGACCUGCCCCGUGUGUGACCUGCGCGUUCCUCUUGACGGACCAGGAGACAUCAAUACGCACAUCGACAAGUGCCUCCGGGCGGCAGAGCGAGAGUGUGAAGAAGCAGCGGAGGUGGAUGUUGAAGGAGAAUAUGAGGAGUACGAAUGGUGUGGUCAGACGAGGGUGAGAGCAACACAGAUGCUGAGAGCGGAAGGUCAGCUGCAUGCUCUGGGGACGAGGGUGGUACAAGGUCGUGAAGACGAAGUGGUGGAAGUAUGUGAGGAUGACUCGCUCAGUGUGUACGGUCCAGCACAGUACACUGACACUGACCUGCAGCCCCACAACCACCUUGCUCACACCAACACUGACCAUGAUGUCGACGUAGGUGACUUAGUCGACACCACCACCACCUUGCACACACCUCAAGCGCCUACUGAUCACAUCCCCAGCAGUAGCAGCAAUAGCCUAGCCCCAGAGGAGCCGGCGUCAGGCAGCAGUAGCAGCAACAGUCGCUGCUCAGUCAACUCGGCUCACUCUCUGCGGGCGGAGGGCGAGAGUGCAAACAACCCAGCUGUUGUGGAAGCCCUGAGGGCGAGGCUGCAGGAGUUGGAAGAAGAGACGCCCAGGGCUCGAUACUCCUGCCGUGUCUGUCACGUAAGUUUUAAGUCAAUUUGUUUGGAAAGUAGUCAAAGUAGUCAUUAAUGAAGUAAGGUAGAU